AUGCCUCCUCAGCGAGUAUUUGGUCGAGGGGAUUCGGCCCUCGACGCCGACGAGCCUCAGACAUCUGCCGGAGAGCCUGGUCCUAGCUCAAGGCGUUUCAGCGAACGCGUCUCCUUCUCUGGACUAGUGCGGAAGCCGAGCUUUCUCAGUAAAUGGAGUCGAGCGGAGGGGGACGAGGAGAGCGGCAUGAUGCAAACUCCGGACAAGCCAGCUAUUCCCAGCGCCUUGCAGAAACAAGAAGUCUACUCAACCCCUCUGCCGACGCUGUCUAUGAUUGUGUUGUCAAUCACACUUCUUGGCGAGUUUUUGUCUGCGAAUGUUUCGGCUCCGUUUCUCCUUUUCAUGGUCGAAGGGUUCGGGCAAUUUGACAACGAGUCGGAGGUCGGGUACUGGACUGGAUUGCUAGCGUCAACCUUUUUCCUCACCCAAUUCCUGACAUCCUUGCUAUGGGCAACUAUUGCGGCCAAACAUGGACCGCGUGUCGUCUUGACUAUCUCUCUGCUAGGAAGUGCAGUAACCUGCUGUCUCUUCGGUACUUCAACCUCGAUACAACAAGCUAUGGCAGUUCGUCUUAUGCAAGGCGUCUUCGCGGGCGCAAUUGGUGUUGCUCGUGGGACAGUGACCGGUAUCACUGACCAGAGCAAUGAAGGUCGCGCCUAUGCCAUCCUGGGCUUUUGUUGGGGUUUCGGUGGUGUUGCCGGCGCCAUCGUUGGAGGGACUUUCGAGUCACCUGCUCGGAAGUGGCCGAACGUUUUCGAGAAUGUUCCCAUCUUCGUCAAGUACCCCUAUCUUCUUCCCACUUGCGUUGCAGCAGCGGUCUUGGCUACAGGCUCUUUCCUUUCUUUGUUCCUUGCCCCCGACUGCGGGCCGCGGGAAGGCGCUAUACAGCUCCCUCCUGAGAAGAUUACAGGAGCUACCGAAGAAUCUCGUCCUCCGACUCCCCACUUGGACGACGUCGAGGAGCGCGGAAGUGUCUUCGGGUCGGUUCGCUCAAAGAUCUCGGGGUACUUCGGGCAUGCUGCAGCGGAUGCUGCAGUGUCCCCUUCACAGUCUACGCCGCAGCUCGUGCCUUUGCAAGAGACACCGACACACCAUCCGAACCAACGCGCCUCCUCUCGGAUCAGCCGUGCGAGCGGAUCCGCCUAUGGGUACACAGGCUCUUUCAGGAACCGUCUUUCAAGCAAUAUGACCUUCGCUACCCGCAGGAACACGGGGGUUUCCAUCCGUCGCCGUCGGGAGAGCAACUGGGACGGCGCAAGCUCGAGUGUCGGGACGGGAAGCAACCUCAACUUCGCUCAGCGGCUCUUGAUGGCCAACGAGAACACCGUGACCAACAUCGCCGACCUUUGGGUUGCCGCAGCGAUUAAUGUCGACAACGAGGACCCGUUCGAGCCAAGCGACGAGGAGGACGAAGAGGUUUUCGCCGACGACGACGACGAAGACAACCAGGACGACGAGCCACUCGGCGCUGGACCCUCUACACCAGCCAGACACAACCGAUUCUCCCGCCGCCUGUCCGCCGGCAUGGCGCCUCGGAUGCCGCCCAUCCCGCACAGCGUCAUGCCCCAUCGCCAACGCCCUUCCUCUGCUGCACGCCGCUACUCCAACCUGCGUCAUACCUCGGGCGCCGGCACCCUGGACGGGGCCGACGCCGAUGGGCCUCCGGUUCGUCGGGCGUCCGCUUACGUGCCUCCCAUCUUUGCCCACGUCGGCGUCCGCACGCCCCCUGCCGUUCUCGAGGCACAACAAUUGCUCGCGCAAGCAGAUGCGGAGCCCACGGGGCCCGGUACCGAGACCCUCGCCCCCAUCGCCGAGUCACGACUGCCGUCCCGCGCACCAAGUCCCGUGCCGUCCGAGCGGGAGCCGUCCAUUAUGAGCCAGCUUCCGCUCGCCAUCAUCCUGCAAUAUGGAUGGCUCGCGUUGCACUCCACGACGCACGACCAGGUGUUUUACCUUUACCUCGUCUCGAAAUACCCAUCAGGCGGCCUCAACUUGAACGCAGGACAUUUCUCGCAGCUCAUUGCCUUGAUGUGUCUCGCGCAAAUUGCCUACCAAUUCGUCUUGUACCCGCCCCCAAGAGGGCGCUUUUCUCAUCUAGCGAUGUUCCGCAUUGGCGCGAUGUUGUUCAUCCCUCCAUACCUUUCGGUUAUCCUCUACCGCGUCUUUGCAAGUGCGAGCGACGACGGUAAUCUCGUCCUCAUGUCUGCUCUUGCCCUGAGCACCGCGGUCCGUUUCUGCGGUGGGACAUUCAGUUACACAGCCAUCUCGGUGCUGUUGAACUAUACUUCACCACCUCACCUCGUUGGUUUCGCGAACGGCGUCGCGCAGAGUAUCGUGUCCCUCGCGCGAUUCGCGGGCCCCAUUCUCGGCGGUACGCUCUGGUCCAAGAGCGUGGCAGACGACCCGUCCGGGUACCCGCUCGGCUUCAUCGUCUGCGCGGCCGCCUGCGCGCUCGCCGUCGUCCACAGCUUCUUCAUCCGCUGA